AAGAUGCGUACAAAUGCGCGGGACAAAAAGAAAGAAAAAAAAAAGGCUCCGGAAAUUUGGUUUGUGGGUAAAUAGGCAGAAACGAAGCCACAACAUUUGGGAGCAAAAUCCUGCUAUUUUUCCGCUUUCCUGUCCAAUAAUACGUCUGAUUUACGUCUGCAACUGUAAUAUGUUGCGGUCGAAGUCCUGCUGAUAGUGUGGAAAACGACAGUAGGCUUCGCUCGUGUAUCGAAACAGGUUCAACUGAGGAAACUCCGCAGCCUCCCUCUCUGGUGAUCAGGCAGCUGCUGCAGACUACGGAACUACAGAACAACGCCACAACGCGCUGCGAUAUGGACCCGUCCUUGUACUAUAAUCCGGGCAGUCAGCUGGUACCAGUACGGACUCCUUUGAAAACUCUCACCCCAGGAACCAUAAUUGAAUUGCAUGGCCGCAUCCACAAUACCAAAAGGUUUGCCAUCAACCUGGAAACCAGAGAUGGUGACAUAGCACUUCACAUCAACCCUCGUUUUGACUGCAGCCACGUAGUGCUAAACUCGUUUCGCAGCGGAAAUUGGGAGGCAGAAGAAUAUGGCCCUCUAACUCUUGUGCAAGGACAGGAGUUCUCUUGCUUGAUUCUGGUGGAAAAAAUGGAAUAUAAGGUGGCAUUUAAUGGGCGUCAUGUGGCCUCGUUCAAGCAUCGUCUGCUCUUCUCUCUCGUUACUGUACUGACAGUAGAGAGUGGCAUUACAUUACACAAGGUGGAACAGAAACCUCCUCUGGAUGUGCCUCCUACAAUGGAAGUAGGACCAGCUAUCCCACCUGGAAUCGCUCCGGCCAUGCCCAUAGGGGGAGGAAUGCCUCCUAUGAUGCCACCGCAGCCUACAAUGCCAGUGAUGCCUGCCACUGUACAAGAGCCAGUCUUCAAUCCGUCCAUCCCGUUCACCUGCACGCUUGUCCAAGGUUGCUAUCCGGGGAUGCUCAUCUACAUCAGCGGCCGACCAUACGCGGAACCUGACAGGUUCAACGUGGACCUGGCAUGUGGACCCCGCGGGGUGCCCGCAUCCCCAAUUGCCUUCCACUUCAACCCCCGUUUCUACUACAAGACGGUGGUUCGCAAUUCGUUCCUGGACGGAUGCUGGGGAAAUGAGGAGACGGAAGGAAGGGGAUUCCCAUACCAGGCGGGCGUCCAUUUUGAUAUGAUCAUUCAAGUGCUUCACGACCGCAUCAACGUUGCAAUCAAUGGGCAGCACUACGCGGAGUUCCGCCAUCGAUUUCAACCCAUUUCACAAAUCACUCACCUGCAGAUUGGGGGCGAUGUCUUAAUUGCCUCUGUGAGGUUCCAGUGAUAUAACUUACGAUGAAAAAGAAAACAAAGGGCUUGAUGGUGCAAUUGUGUAUCGAAGCCCGUUAAAAUAUGAUUCGUAAAACAGUACCUGCCUAUCUACUGCAGGGAAGAUGAUUAGCAGAAGUUGUAUUAUAUAUGUUACUAUCUCAGUAAACCAUCCUGUUACCUGUUACCAAAUAUUCUAUAAAGGUUUAUACUCAUGUUUUCAAUUUUCUUUAAAAAGUUUUCAUCGUGGAAUGGAAGAUGAUGUUACCUCGACAACAGUACAAAAGGAACGGAAGGAAUCCGUUGGACUGUUCCUAAUUUAAGCACGAAGCAAAGCACAGUUUGCUCUUACCCUCUUUCCUUCUCAAGGGAUGCCACAGGACAGGUGCGAAAGCUCAAAUUGUGGUGUCCUUUGUGCUUAAAUCACAAACGUGCAGCAGAUGUUUCAGUUCCAUUUGCAUUGCUGUAAAAAUAACGGCAUCUCUAAUUCUGCAAGGAGAAAUUUUUUCACUUUAAUUCCCCUUUAAGCUAUAUUGAUUUAAGAUCUUGCCAAUGUGGAUUAACAUUUAAAAAUACCCAGUGGAGUAUCGUUUGUCUCAUCAAUGACAGGUUGUGGAGUCCUCCGUAAAAAUUGGCGUCCAUUCUGUACGAUUUGAGCAGCUGGUAAACGGAAACACCUAUAACACACGGGGUGUUUCACGUAAUGCUUCGCAAAAAAUAUUUAAAAGCUCGACAUGCAUGAAAAUGGUAGGGUUAAAAGUCUUGUCUUCGUCAAACUUUUGUCACAAGUGACUUUAUAAAAUUUUAACUAAUAUACAUUGAAAUAUUGGCAUUGAAUGAUGCAAUUUGCAAAGUUUUCUUGCAAAAAUUUGUGAAAAAAUGAAGUGGAUUGCACAUUCGCUCAAAUCCUAGUGCAGUGGUAGCAACUCGAAAAAAAAUGUGCCAAAAAGCAAGAACUUGUGUGUACUGCAAGAAGUGAAAUUGCCAUGCUCAGGGGGACAUUAAGCUGUCUGUUCAGUAUUCCUUUUUUCAUGCUCCUGCUGAUAGCAGCAGCAAGUGUGCAAAGCCACAGUUAUAUAGGAUGAGAGUGAGAAUGAAACGGGAAGAGGAAGAAGUAACAUGAAUAUUCAUAUGGGCAGUAUUGACUUGUGUGAGCACCAAGCUGUUAUUCAAGGACAAGAUAGCUGUAUGCACUGCUGACUCAUGAAAUCUCUAGCUGCACAUCUCUAGCUGCGCUAUAUGGCAACACAUGUUCCCACAAACAGGUAUUAGACACGCCGAUACCCGCUUGCUGUACGUAGCUGUCACUUUGUAUGUCCCAUACUAAUCCUUUUUUUUGUUCAUUACAUUGAUGGGGUCACAGCCAGUGAUGGGAAGUAACAUGUACUCAAGUACUGCAUGAAGUACAUUUCUGACUGCUUGUACGUUAUUUAAAGCACAUUUCAAAUUGUAUAGUUUGUACUGUGCUUUUUAAGUAUACUCCGGAGUAUGCUUUUUAAGUAAGUAUUUUGUAUGGUACUUUUCCAUCAAGCAUUCCAGUAUUCAACUGGUAACGCACAUAAAAGCGCUUGUCGAUUAAUAAUUCUUUGUGCCUGACGGGGCCUUUCUUGGAUGAAGGAAAUGCAGUUUGGCUGCCUUGAAAUGCUGAUAAACCAGAAUAACUACUUCUAUAUCCUUCUGUAGUUCAAAGUUGGGAACACGAGAAUACGCGCACAUGUUAUCCACUGCGAUAGUCAGCGCAGUAAUUAAUGUUCGUCUGUUCCAUGUUCACAAGACCUAAUUUUAUUGCUGUGUUCCAUUGUCCCUUUCAGUUUCCAGGUUUUCCCAUUUCAGCAGUGCAUGAUUGGCUUUUACCAACUAUGUGAUGAAUGAAAAAGGGUGAGGCUAGAGGACACGCAUACUUCGUUUACGUGCUGACAUUGAGAAUUCGGUCGCAAACAACAGACACAAAAGACAGGAAGCUUUGCGCUUCCUGUUCUUUUUCUGGCUUCCUUUCUAUCUGAAGAAAACUCGUAUAUAUAUGAUCCCGGUCUGUCGGCUUGUUCUUUUGUUUAAAGGGGCUAUCACAUCUGUCCCGGUGGAUUACGGAACUAUAGUGAUUAUGAUUUGAGUUUUUUUUGGGGGGCGCAAAAGCUACUAGGACUAUAAUCUGAACUAUAGUGCUGUUUUACUCUGCGUUCAUCACUGACGAUAACGCCAAAAAUUAGAGCUGUGCGAAUGUUUGAAAUUUUGAACAUGAAACGAAUAUCUGAUGCUAUUCGAAUACUAUUCGCAACAUACAUAUUUUCAGUAUUCGAAAUAUUCGAAUGUUUUUUGGAAUAGUACUGAAAGCUAGACCUCGCUGUCCUGUUGACAUUCGGCAAGUCGGGUUCGCUUCAUGACGAUAAAGAGUUAGGUGCAGCCCACUUCAUGUUACCGCCAUUGUGCUUUUGGUGUGCGGCUGGUGUGCGGUCUGUAAGUUUGCUUCACCUCUUUGCACUGGAGAGUUAGGUGAAGCCCACUAUACAUUACACUAUUCACCUCAUGGUCAGCAUUGCAGGUUCCAGUACAUGUACCUCCAACUUCAAGAGUUAUGUUCAGUAACGGAUGGAAAUAUGUGCAGUUUCUAAAAAGAAGUACAGAGCAUUCACAUUGUAAACAUGAAAUGAGGAGAUGCACACAAAGCAGGCUACAUGGAUCAUGUUGACUAACUCUCAAUGCAGUUCAUCCCACUAAUGCAGUCUACCAUACACAACACAGAGGCAGCCUUCUCUCACGAUAUGUUAUGCUGGGUGAAAAGGCUCACGCGUUUGGAGCAGAACAUCAUCUAAUAAGCGCAACACCACAAAAUAUUUCACCACGAGGUGUUAGAAAUUAUUCGAAUCGUGCCUUUUCUGAUUAUUAGAAUUCGAUUCACCAUCUGAAGAAAUUAUUCGGAUUCGAUUCGCUGUGAAAGUGAAAUACGCGUAAGCUGUUAACAAUGCAUAUGCUAUUUGCACAGCUCUACUGAAAAUCCGACGCGGAUUGGUGGCGUUGUUCCUGUGCAGUUUGAUGGCAAGAGCAGACGACGCAUAUUGAGCGUAGUCCGGGCUUCCCUGUCUCGAAACGUCACCGGGACAAGGCCAAUCAGUGAGCACACUUUGGCGCUCACUGCAGCCGGAGGGACCUUGGUAGCCUUGGCGACCGACCAGCAGGUGGGAGGGCGCGCUAGAAUUCUAGGGGACGGCGUCUGCUCUCGGACUAGGGGAUCGGCUUGCGGAAUGUUGUUUUUGGGUUAGCUUCGGACGUGUUCGGACAGCCAGCAGCGUAACACUGUGUCCCACACGACAUGGUCACAUGAGAACUCUCCCUUGUAAGAUAAAGGAGGCAUAUUUGCGGAGACCUUUUUACUUAGCAUAUUGCGAUGCGAAUGCCAAGCAGACUUACCUCGUAGACAAUCGCCUGCGCUCUGCUCGCAUUCACGUGCUCGGCUUACACCGUCAUGGUGUUGGCCGCUGAGGGAGUGUGAAUGUUUAAAACUCGUUUAUUUAAUAUGUAAGCUGUUUUCGGAAGAGAAACUUUUGACCAAGUUGAGAAGACCAAGAAAGAAACCAACACGACUGUAAAGUGGUCAUCAGCAAAGAGAGCUGUACACUUGAAUUUGAGAUAUAAUACUUUGCACUAGCACAGCUGACUGCUUGUGCGCAUUUGUAUACAAAAUAUUCCAUCUGUUUCAUUCCUUAUUCAUGAGUAAGCAAUGAACUGGUCUGAAAUGAAAUAGCUAGCAUAUCCUAAAAACGCCAACGAAAAAAAAAAAAACGUAGUUUCGUUCUCACUUUGUGUUACCACCUAACACAGAGACGUUCGAUAAUAAAAUCUACAAUGUGCUCUGCGAAUGAACUUUGCCAAUUACCGUGUACUUCCAGUACAGUUUUGAGGUACUUUGCACACCACUGGCACAAGCGCAUCGUAUAUUUAAUGUGGAAAAGUUUUAACAGAUGCUUGUAGAACUAGCGAACAUGUAACAUGCGCUCGUUUGGGAACAAUUGCUAUGUGUGGUUCCUCAAGCCAAGAAACAUAAUGCAUUCAGUCUGUCUCUAACAAGAAUUGCUUUUGUAUGAAGUAGUAGAUAUGCUGGUUGGUACGUUUGCAUUAUAAAGUGACUAGAGGACAAAGGUACACAAAACAUGCAGAGGGAAUCUUUUCCAUGCCUGCAAGGCUACUUCUCAGACAAGGAAACGGUGAACUAGUUUUGAUUGUACUAAUACGUAAUAAAGGUAUGUUAACUUUCC